AUGACAGAGUAUGGAGAGAGGAGCCCGCUACUACCCACAGAGUCUCCUCGUCAGACGGAAAACCAAGAAAUCAUAGAGGCCAACUACCACUGCCCAUCACAUUUUGAGCUGGAAGAUGCCGAUGACGGGCACCCCUCGUCACGGCAAAAGCGAAGGCCGGCCACAUUGACCGACAAAGCCGUGUUGGUGGCGCUAUGGACAAUGGUUGGCCUAACGUUCGCAGCGUGCUACUCGGUUCUUUGGUGGCAGCGCAAGUCUGCUCAAGCCUUUGCUUCUACCAAUUUUGUCACAAUCACGGAUUAUCCCUGA